AUGGCCCUCUAUGAUAACCAGCAUUGGCUUCUGUCGCACAUCAGAGAUAGUUUUCUCGCUACGGAUGACACAGGUGUGCAUCGGAUAAACCUAGGUAUGUGUGAGAUGGUGAUGUUAGGAGAAGAUCUUCCAAGGCAAAUGAAGGAAAAUGGAAUAUUGCAAUGUUAUCCUGGAAGAGAGGAGAGUGACGAUGAAGAUUUGGAUGCAUUGGCAGAGUCUUAUGACAUACAAAUGGAUAUGGAAUUCAGUCACAGACAAAGAUCCAACACUGCACAGAGACUGGAGAAGAUGGACAUAGAAAGGAAGAAGGCUGCUGAAGUCAAGCAUGUUAAAUGGGAACAUAAUCCUAAUGCUGUCACACCUACAGAUCAGUCAGAGCUAUUUCAGAGGAAAGAUUUUCGUAAAAAUGCAUCGUUGAAAAGAGGACAUUCUCUUCUGUCAGAACAACUCGAGAAGUGUCCUAAUUUACCUCAAAAUCCAUUCAAGGAAUACGCCAAGUUCGAUGGCAAUGCACAGGUCGGUACACUCGUGAGAAAGUACAGGAUAUUCAUGUGUAUGUUGCCAAAGGAGGAGAGAACUUACCCGCUGCAGGUGGUCGUCACGGCAACGGCACGCGUGCUAGACUUCAUCGGAUUGAUUUGCUACAAAUAUGCAAGUGAACAUCCCGAUCAUAAUUUGAAGGAAGACAUCUCGCGCUACGGCCUCUACAUCACUGAGGACGACGGUGAGGUGGACUGGGCUUUCCCCUGCUUAGAUCUGCGCGAGACUAUCUCAAAGUUCGAGUUCACAACACUGGGUUUGAUUGAGAUGAAGCCAAGUGAUCUGGCGAGACAUAACGUAGUUUGUUGUAUAGAGAAGAAGGACGAGGAGGAUUUGGAGGGUAAAGACAAGGAGCAAGAAGAAGUUGCGAACGAUUUGGCAAAGAUGGAGGGUCAUACCACCGCGAUGGAAGCACCGUUAUAUCAAUCAUAUAGGGUAUAUAUCAUUAACAAGAUGAGAGCAAAAACAGAGAUUCACCUGGGUAUAUCAGGUGAGAAGAUAGAAAUAGAUCCGGUCAUAACAGGUAAAGGUGCGGCUAGGUUUUGGAACAGGCAGCGUGCGGUCAGUUAUCACAUAGACAACAUCGCUUGGUGUGAAGUGACAGAGACCAAGGGUUCAAAGACUAUGUUCACAUUAGUUUACACUCCACAGUCAAACACUCCUGAUAGUUUUCUGGGUCAAAGCCACUCGCUGCAUCAGUCUGCAUCGUUUAAAAAUCACGAUUUCGAGGCAGACUCUGUAACAGCUGAGGAGAUUGUGAGAAAGAUCAAUCAUAUCUUGGAGUUGCACAGUGGCACGUCCAGAAAGGAGUAUCUUGCACAGAAGGAGAGGAAGGCCGCGAGGAGAAAGAGCUUUCAUCUACACAGAUGACAGCUCUACUGGUUGUUUCGUGCAAUCUUAGAUUACCUGAGGCAUUGAGCAUUAUAUAACAGCUGACGAUUGUAAGGAAAAAAACAUCUUUGUAUGAUCAAAUAUAUUAUGAUUUUUGUUAACAACUUGAAAGUGAGAUAGUAUAUAUAUGGACAAUGGCUAUCUAUACUCCACGAAUGCAAAGUUAUUGUUGUACUGUAUAAUAUUACUAAAUUAUUUUGUAUUCAUUAUACUUCAUCUCCAGUGGAAUCAUGGAUGCGCCAUGAACACAAUCAUCACACCAAUAAGUAUUGUACAAUCAAUCUUAGUAUGUAGUAUCAUAUUUAAUUAAUUUAAAUGUUAUUUAUAUUUAUACUACAAAAACCUCUAAUUACUAAUGAAAUUGCAACAACUUUAAUAAUAAUAAUAAUACUUCAAAUAUA